AUUGACAGACAAGAUUUGAUUAUGAAUUUGUGAUGUCCUCUUAUUUCAUUCUCCUUCUGUUUAAUUUGAUGUUUGGACUUUGAAGGCCUCUGUUUGGAAUAACUUGCGUGAAGUUUGCCUUAAAAUAUUGGUAGAUGUGUUAUCUGCUUCUAAUUUCUGCUGUUUUUGCGAGUGAAUUUUAUAAAGCUAGGUUGUCUUAGUGUCUUAUAUACUCUCUAAAUGGAUGUUGAUGUAGUUGAGGCCGCUGCUUUUGGGCAAUCAGACUCAUAGUCCUUUGCCUGAUUUGAGUUAUUACUUUUAUUUCUACUUCUUGCUAAUUUGCAUAUCCUUAAACUUCUCAAGCACUGCAUAUCCUUCCAGAUUUUUAUGCAGUCUGAAGCAAGCAUACUUACCCAGAUUCAUAUAGAUGUGCAGUGUUGCUCUCUACUUUUGAGGUUCCUUCUCUGUUAAACUUUUGUUUUUCAUGUGAGAGGUGGAGAUUGUGAACACCAGAUGCUUAUUAUGCUCUUGAUACCACGUUUUAUAACACCUAUUUAUAGAUGUCAGUAUUUUAUGCUUUGGAAACAUUUGGAUUAAGAUUAUUAAUCAUUAUGAUUCAGGCACUACGAUGAAACUAACCUGCUUUCUUUUAUUCUAGUUUCUUAUACAAUGUUAAUCUGUUUGUGUGAUGGUAGGCUUUAAAAUAUAAUGUUUCAGCCGUGUCUAUUAAGUUUAUAUAUAGAUAGGCAGGAGAUGAUGCAAAUCUUCCCAUAUGCAGGUAGUAGGAUGACUUAGAACUUUUAAGUUGCCUUUUUUCCUUUUAUGGGUCAUAAUAGUGACCUCUUGAGCGUCACAGACUGUAUGGUAUUGGUUUGGUUAUGGGAUUCUCAAUGUGGAUUAGUUGGCCUAAUCAACAAUGUAAAAUGUAUUAAAUGGCCUCAAGGUGCAUAAUAUUCCUCCAACUGCCCGAGCAACUACUUCCAAGUUUCAAUGCAUGAAUGAUGCUGGCUAGGAUCAUAUUUUGCGCUGCAGUCCUUUUGGCAACACUCGCUGUGAUUCUUCUGGCUUUGGUUUCUCCAGUACCCGAAAGAAAGCCAUCACAGCCUUGGCUGGACCUUUCCUUGUACAUCCAGCAGCCACACAUUGCAAGCUCCAAUGCGCAUCAAUCGGUGGCACAAUCAGACCCCGGGGCAUUCAUCUUCCACCGCAAGCUCACGGAGGGACCUGAGAACACCUCUCGGGUAGUCGGAAAAGCCCAAGGUUUCAUUAUCCCUAUGGAAGACUUUGCACAAUCAGCAUUCAAUAUUAUCUACCUAACCUUUCACACGCCUGAGUAUUCUGGCAGCCUUAGCGUUCAGGCCAGGCAUGUAUCCCGCAAAGACACAGAAGAGCUCACUGUGAUGGGUGGAACAGGAUCAUUUGCCUUUGCUCGGGGACUGGCUGUCUUUGCUCAGACGGAUCAGCAAUCGUCGGGUGUCGAAUCCACUUAUCAUGUAAAGCUGCAGCUUAGAUUUCCUAAUCAGUCUCGGACUACUGUAGGCUGAUGAACCUGUUUUGAUUGAAUUUAUUGCUUAUAUGAAUCGGCCUAUAGAUAAUUAGAUGUCGA